AUGGUCUCCAUUCAGCCGGGGUCGCAGCAAGACCUCCAAGUUGGAAGUUAUGUAAUAUUUGGGGUUGCCAUGAUUAUGAUUGGCAUGAGGUUAUAUGCGAGGCAGUUCUUGCUGGGCAAGCUGGGGUCUGACGACAUCCUGAUUAUUCUAGCUUCGCUUGCAUCGAUCGGCGAGUUGGUAACUGUGCCGAAAAUGUAUGAAUGCGGGAUUGGCCGCCACCUUAUGGAAUUGACACUGAAAAAACAGGAGUGUACGCGAAAGUGGGCGUGGAUAUCACAGGUUCUCUACUUUCUCAGUCUCGGACUAGCGAAAGGUAGCAUGGUCGCAUUAUAUGUACGAUUAGCUUCCAAUAAAACCCAUAUUAGGUUUCUCUACGGGGUUAGAGCGGUUAUACUUAGCCAUGGAAUUGCGGCGACUCUUGUGGCAUCCUUUAUUUGUGAGCCUAUAUCCGUUUUAUGGGGACCCGAAUCCCCCCAAGGCUGUCUCGACUUGAUGAGUUUCAAUUACUUCAACGGUGCAUUCCAUGUUACGACGGAUAUCCUACUGGCGCUCCUUCCCAUCCCCAUCGUGAAGAAACUACAAACAAAUAACCGCCGCAAGAUCGGCCUGAUAAUCGCCUUCGGCAUCGGUAUCCUAACCAUUUGUGCAUCGAUCGCAAGACAGGUUACGACAGUGAUCGCCUUGAGAUCAAGAGACUUUCAAUGGAACUGGUCCGCCGCCGAACUCACCACCAGCCUCGAGAUAAACAUGUCCCUUAUCUGUGCCUCGGUCCCGGCAAUGCGAUCCCUGUUCAAAGUCUACUUUGGCAGCACCGGCCUCACGAAUAGGCGCGCCUACGAACACGAACUCAAUGAUCGAUACACACAUGGAAGCGGUGCGCGGAAGGCCUUCCAUGAUUUUAGUAAUGUGGAGGAAACCCAAAGACAAACGAGGACGAACACCGUUACCAGCAGACCAAGGUCUAUGGACAGCUUUUCGGCCAUUAUGUACGGGGCUAAAGAUGGGGUGGUUCAGACUACAGAGUUUCGGGUUUCGUAUGGGAAUCGGGCGUCCUUGUGUUAA